UUUUGAAGGCUUUUAUAUAAUUAUUUGAUCUUCCAUAAGAAGUCCAUGAUUGUAUUCUCUUUUAUAUGAGGAAGUUAUCAACUAUUUGAAUUGCAAGAAGAGGGAGUCAGAGAUCAUGUUGAAAAGCAGAAAGAGAUGUUAGUUAGAGGCUACCUGAACAAGUGCAAUACCCAACAUUUGCUGACUAUUUACAAGGGCAAAGGAAUCUGUACCAGACAGAUUACUUACAUAACCUAGUUCAAUCAUUGCAGUAACCCUGUGAACUAGUUAUUAUGAUUCCUGUUUUGUAAGUGAAGAAACUGAGAUACAGUGCUAAAUUAAUUUGUCCAAGUUCAAGCAGGAAACAAGCACAGCCAGUAUUCAAAUCAAGGACCAUCAUGUUUCUGUUCCAUUUUCUGUUAUACUCGACUUCCUUUUGCAGAGGUCUGUCUACAGACGUCCAUUCCCCUUGCUAUUAAAUGAUGAAACUUUGUGAGUCUAAAAAAUCAGGAAUCGGAGUGAGAGCCAGCGUCGCGCAUCUCGGCAGAGCUGCAGGACCUCUUAAGGCAGCCACAGAGGGCUGUCCAGGGCCGGGCAGGAUUAUUCAAGAUAAAGUUGCAGCCAUUUUUGAUGAGGAUCAAUGAUCAAAAUUGUUCUUUUUAAAAAGACAUUUCCAAGUUAAACAUGAGAGAAAGGUAGUGGAAUCAUUUCACUUCCGACAGGAUAAAGUGUACAGUAUUUCACCGUCCCUUAUAAUGGAACCUUUAUAAGAUUCAUCGCUUGUCAUGCACCCAACUGGGAACAUGGAUGUUGGUUUUUCUCGUUCUGCUGUUCAGACACUGUCAAGAAGCCACUGCAAAAACAUCAAACAAAAAAUUUCUCAGUGGGAAAGAAGGACUAAUGGUACAUCUAAUCCAGCUAAGUGGCAUCCAAAGGACUUUGGAGUGAGGUACAACUAUCACCAAGAGAUUCUUCCUCAGAAAACGCCUGUUGCUGAGGGAAAGAACAAAAAGUUGGGAGUAACUAACUCUCAAAAUGUGGGUUUAGAUAUGAACAAAAGCCAUGAUCUAAGUGAGGAUGAAAAUGAGAAACAUGAAUAUUACGAUACACGCAUAUUUAAAAAUGAAUCAGAAUCCAAUUGGGUAUGUUCAAAGGUCAAACAGACAGAAAGCUGGAAAGAAGUUGUGUUAGGUCAAGAGACUUCAUUACCUCAAGGAAACUUUUACACCUCACAAAUAUUGUGGAAGAAAAUAGAAGCACUUCCCCCAGAUAAAGUCAUAAAUUUGGCUUUGGAACAUUGUGGCCCUCCAGAAAAAAAACUGAAUUGUAGCAUUCUGAAUAGUUCAUAUGGAAUAACCAAGAGCUUAGAAAAUAUUUACUCUAAACCUGAGGGUCAAGAAUGUGGACCUUCUAUAAAUCCUUUGCCAAAACCACAUAGGACAUUCAGAUACUUAUCUGAAUCUGGUGUUAUGCCAUAUAAAGAAAGAAACUGUGACAAAAAAUGCUGUGAAAAUAAUUCUUGUGCAGAAUCUACUUUGGCCUCUUCUCAGGAACCUGAACCAAAGAAAUAUGGUGGAAAAAUUAGAAGGAGAUCUAAAAGGAAAUCCUUUGAAUUUGAGGAUAUUCAGCACUUUUGAAAUCAGAAUUCACAGAAGAUUCAUGAAGAACUUGGGAGAAAUUCUGGUUCAGCACUUUAUUAUACACAAUCAGAGGAUAAUAUCUAUGAAGACAUCAUAUUUCCCACCAAAGAAAAUCCAUAUGAAGAUAUUCCAGUGCAGCCUUUGCCCUUGUGGAGAUCCCCUUCAGCAUAGAAGUUGCCACCCCCUAAAAGUGCUUUCAAAACACCCAAGCUUCCUCACAAACCACAGUUCCUUCACCGGAAGACUGUAGAACUGAAGAACUCGCAAACUUAUUUACAGUCAAAGCUUACGAAGGAUACCACUUUGCCUGUCACUUUAACUGAAUGGAAACUUUUCCAAGCUAGAGAAGUUGCAAACAGAAAAAGGAGAAAUCUUCCAAGGCUUGUAUUGAAAAUAGAUGAUGUAUUUCAGUCUAAGCGAGGAAAGAAGAAGGUAAAGUUACACCCUGACACUGGAAAGGAAGUACCUCCUUCAAAAGGAACCAGUGGGAAUGAAAGUGAUGGCGAGUAUCUGCCAAAGAAUCGCCACAAGCGCUUAGCACAACUGCAGCAGCCUUCCAAGAGGAAUCCUCACUACCAGACCUUGGAGCAGGAUCUUAUUGAACUGCAAGAGCAGCAGUUGUUUGAACUUUCUGUGGUGGUGUCUCUGCAGAAGCAGCCGUCAGGAAUAAGCUACACUCCCCAGGUCAUACAGCAGUUCCCUAGCAAGGGUGAUCAUGGCUAUAAGCAAUCAAAAGACACUGAAGAAUGGCUCAAAGUUAUCCCAAAAUUUUGUUUUCUGGAUUCAGAGGACUGGGUGCCAACCUCAGAACUCAAGAGUGAAACUUUCUUGUUCGUUUUGACUGGUGUAGAUGGAAGCUGGUGGUUUGGUUACUGUAAGAAGCUCUUGCCAGAAAGCAAAGGAAAGCAACUCCCUGAGGUGUACUGCAUGGUUAGUCGCCUAGGCUGCUUCAAUCUGUUUUCAAAGAUUCUGGAUGAAGUAGAGAAGAGAAGAGAAAUGUCUCCAGCCCUCGUUUACCCGUUCAUGCGAAGUGUCAUGGAGGCCCCUUUCCCAGCUCCCGGACGUAACAUCACAGUCAAGAGCUACCUCCCUGGGGCUGGAGAUGGGUCCAUUGAACUCUGCCGACCACUAGAUUCACAAUUGGAACAUGUGGAUUUUGAAUGCCUUUUUAAGUGCUUGAGCGUGUGCCAUCUCAUCCGGGUCUGUGCCUCUCUCCUUUUGGAGCGGAGGGUAAUCUUUGUUGCCAACAGCCUAAGCACACUGUCAAAAUGUGGUCAUGCCGUGGUAGCCACCCUGUAUCCAUUCACUUGGCAGCAUACCUACAUCCCAGUCCUGCCAGCAUCCAUGAUCGACAUCAUGUGCUCACCUACCCCUUUCCUCAUCGGGAUCCUGCCUUUCUCCUUACCGCAGCUGCAGGACCUGCCCAUUGAAGAGGUGCCGAUAGUUGAUCUCUGUGCUGACAAGUUCUUACAGGAAGUGUCUGAUGAGAAUGAAAUUCUACCACCUAAACUUCAAGCUGCCUUGAUACAGAUUUUAGAAGAACGAAAUGAAAUCUUAUCUCAGGAGAGAUUUUUUUCACAAGAUGUUACGCUCACUUCUCUGGUGUCUGAAGCAUUUGUGAAGUUUUUUGUGGAGCUGGUGGGACAUUAUUCUUUGAACAUGACUGUCACUGAGCACGGGGGGUAUGUAUUCCAAAGGGAGCCAUUCCGCAAGUCCCACACAUCCCGAAGUGUUCGCCAUUUCCUAGAUCUCUUCAUGGAGACUCAGAUGUUUGCAGGAUUCAUCCAGGACUGGGAGCUUCGGAAAAGUGGGGUUAAAGGUUUGUUUGAGGUUAGGGCUCUCCAGUAUUUGGAAACAAUUCCUGAGUCUGAGCCUAGUGGGGUGAAUAGAAUUUUGCGGAGUCUUGGAGUGAAAAUGAAAUUUUUGCAGAAGAAAUGAAUCUUUGUCUCCAUCUUAAAUAGAAUGAAAAGUGCCAAAAAAAAAAGUUUCUCUGAGGGUCAGGAUGCCUUUGAAGUAUUCUACAAAAUCUUUGAAAUUUUAAAAGGUUAAGAAGCAGCUCUAAGUUCUCAGAGGAAGAGUUCGUUUUGCUGUGGCACAGUCACUGGAGAACUGUUGGAAGUAACUGGAACUGAUGCUCUCUACUGCCACCAACAUGUUUUUCACUGUGGCCUCUUCUAUUUGAUUCUUGGGCUCAUUCUCUGUGUUAUAUGCUUAGUCUGUGACAGCCAUUGUCUUUACAAGGGAAAGGCUGUUAUUGAAUAUUUUUAAAAAUAAAAAGCUUAAAGAUGAGUCUAAUGAAAGAAAGGCUGGGUUUGGUGAACUAGAGACACACGAUUGAAAUGAUAGAGAUUAGCCUUACACACAUAAUUCUCAUCACUGAAUUACCAUGGCAGCUUUAAACUCAUGGGCUAAAAGCUGGGCUCUUCGGCACAUACCUGUAGUUCCAGCUACUUGGGAGGCUGAGGCAGAAAGAUCACAAAUUUUGAGUCCACCCUGCGCAACAGAAUGAGACCUUGUCUCAAAAUAAAAAUGUUGGUAAAGCCAUGGGUUGUUUGAAGUUUCAUCAUUUCUCUUUUUUUGUCUAAUAUCCUAUCAAAGGGAAUCUCUCUUAUGUGGAAGCCCUUGUUAUCAGAUAUUUAUAAAAGAAGACGAGUUCUGACUCUAAUCAGUAACUUCAUUAACCUAACAAAGUUACCUUGCCAGGGUGAAUUUACAAUGUAUAUGGCCUAUCCUGUGUCUAUGACUUGUAAAUAGGAACUGGAAUUGUAUUUACAUAUCAAAGACCACUAGGGAUGAGAUAAUGGCUAAAAAGGAUAUAAAAAGGGAAAUGCUGAACAAAGGGGGCUCAGAUAUUGACCAGACUGGUUUCUGGCAUUCUUGUCCGCUCACGAGAAGAAAUUUUAUUAUUUUAUCCGGAAAAAAAAAAAAAGAAGAUGUGUUGCAGCUCCUCCACAAUGUAUGACCCUUGAAUCAGCUUGUCCCUCACAUGCCAUUAUUACACUUUGCAUAUUAUAGCUAAUAUAAAAAUAUCCUUUCAAGGACAUGGGAACUACCUUUUUUGUACGCGUUCACCAUUUGGUGUGCAUCGUGGUAUAUGUAUAUAUGUCAUCUUAUUCAAGCCUUAAGUCAACUCUAUGAGAGAGAUAUUUCCAUCUCCAUUUUACUGAUGAUGAAGAAACUAAGUCAAAGAGACUUCUUAGCCAGUUAUAUAAUUCAGAUAUAUGUGAAGCAAAGACUUAUUUUAUGAACACAAAAACUUGUUUAGAGAUAAAAAUAUGAACUCUGUAGGAUUGUAGCUAUUUGAAAGGUUUUCUGUUACGUGUACCAGAGCCACCUCUCAGCUCUUAGGAUAAAGAACUUUAGAUUACAAGCACCUAGAUGAGGCUUUCUCCCCCUGCCCCCUUUUGGGUGUACUGGGAGUAGAAUCCAGGUUUUUGCACAUGCUAGGCGAAUGCUGUACCACUCAACUACACUCCCAGUGUUAGACUUUUCUUUUUUGACAGUACUAAGGACUGGACCCAGGGCCUUUGCACUGAGCUACACAUCACCAGCACCUUUUCAUUUUGAGGCAGGGUCUCACCAAAUUGCCUAGCCUGGCUUCCAACUUUUGAUCCUCCUGCUUCAGCCUCCCAGAGUGCUAGGAUUAUAGUUACGCACCACCACACUCAACCCACUGUGAGAUUCCCCUAAAAUUGUUGGACUUUUGCUUUAAUUAAAUGUGACUCAGAAUUUGAACAUUUCCUGAGCAUAUACCACAAUCACCCAGAUCUUUAAUAUCUAAAGCAGCAGUAGUGAUAAAGGGGUUUGUCAGUGAUGUGAUAUUCGUUGAUAAGUGUUAUAGGAAAUGUCAGCUUUGCUUUAACUUUUGUUAAUGGUUUUAACUGGUAAAGAAUAUAUUUAUUCAAAUUUAUAAAACCUUUUAAAUUGUAUUGUCAUAACAAUUUUUUGACUUGUAUAGUAUUAUCAAUAAAACCCCAUCAAGUGUGCUUAAAUGAGUCUGAAGCAGACACCACUUAAAACUCGUGCUGUGUAAUAUAGUUCUACAGAUGCGGUUCCAGGGACCAGAACUGGGCCUGUGUCUUUUAAAAUGAUUAAGCAGCUUACCCAAGUGGGGCAUCUGUCAAACAUCUCCCCAUUUGGUCUCUUACACUCCAGGAACAAUUAGUGAUUGAGGGUUUAUAAAAUGGGGACAGGAGGGUUGACUGGGGGAUCCUGUCUCCCUCUGCAAGGAGGCUUUACUUCAGGGAUGAGAGUGUGAUAUUCUCCCUGUGAUCCGAACCUGCUUCCUUUCCUUGUGUCUGUUGUGUUUUGAUUUUUGUAAAGUAUUGUGAAUUCUGAAUGUUUGUAAA